UCAGUGAACCCUUGCCUUGGUGAUACCUGGGGGGUGGGGGUACCUUCCUUCGUUCUGGACAUUGCUUAUAGGUCACGAAUUACCACUUGAGUGCAUAACAAAGGGAAGAUAGAGAAAGAAGAAAAAAAAAAAAACUACGAGAUUGGUGGAGCAGUGAGGGAUACUAUCAGUGUGUCGCCUCCCGUGGGUGGCGGUGGUGCGUGUGCUGAUUAGCGGUGGUGCCCCACGCCCAGGAAUGUUGUUAUCUCACAUCCACUGUCUGCAGAUGGUGUUUUCCGGAGAGAUAUAGAGGCGCAACCCUUCCCAGGUGAGGCGUAAUAGUCUGGGAGGGACUGGGUGAUAUGUGAAUUGCCGUUGACAUGUGUGAUGUGAAGCAGCAGAAUGGAGCAGUCAACUGGAAAGCAUAAAGUGGUUGGCUACUGGCUCAAUGAGCAGAAAUGUCAGAAAUUUGGAGUGCAAGACCUAGAAGCAACAUGCAGGAGACGAGGAAUACAGCUGGUUAAGAUUGAUAUGAACUCUCCUUUGGAUGACCAGGGACCAUUUGAUCUUAUCCUUCACAAGGUGACAGUAUUGUAUGCCCAGGCCCUCAACAAUAAUGAUAAGGCUGCAAAUGCAAUCAAUAUGUUUGAAAACUAUAUAAAGAAGCAUCCAGAAACCUUUGUCAUGGAUCCUCUUCCUGGUGUCCACAAAUUGCUCUUAAGGAACCAAACCUAUGAACUUCUUCACCAACGUUUCAGAUAUGAUGAAAAGAUAUUUACUCCAACAUACGCAGAACUGUCAUCAAAAGAUGUUAAAGAAAAUGCUGAGAUUGUAAAGCAAGCAAGUGUUACAUUUCCAGUAGUAUGCAAGCCAGUGACAGGAGGUGGUGGAGUAGAAGCUCAUGAGAUGGCUGUAGUUUUCAAUGAAAUGGGUCUUAGUGAGUUCAGACUUCCUUGUGUUGCUCAGUCCUUCAUAAAUCAUGGAGCUGUUCUAUAUAAGCUUUUCGUCUUGGGACCAGUGUGGUUUGUCAUUGUGAGGCCAUCACUCAAGAACUUCUAUGCUGGAGUUGAUGGUUGCUUUGGUUUUAACACACUUGCAGAGCAAGAAACUGUUUACUUCAACUCCAGUAAUGUAUCCAAAGCAGACUCUCGGUCUCCCCUCACUCAGCUGGACCCUGGAGACAUGGAAGAUGAAUUACCAAAAGCUGAUCCUGCAGUAUUUAACAGAAUAGUAACAAAUCUGCGUGAAGCUUUGAAUAUGGAUCUUCUUGGCAUUGAUGUUGUUAUUGACAGCAACACUGGAAAGUAUGGCAUCAUUGAUGUGAAUGCUUUUCCUAGUUAUGACUCUGUCCCCAACUUGAUGGAGCAUUUGGUGGAUCUUCUUGUGAUGCGAAUGGAUCAUCCUGCCCCUGAGAGCAUUAAACAGACACCAGAAGACAAGAAAAUCCCAACAUUUACCACUUGUGAUCAUCCCCAGGAGGAUUCAGGGGUAGAUACAGGGUAGUAUAUGAUGCUGCUGGUGUACUGCAUCUUUUCCUAGUCAGCCAAAAUAACUGUAUUUGAAAUGUUUGGGAUAACUUUUAGAAUGUAAUAUAUGCCUUAAAAUGUUUGGCUCAGUAUUUUUACUAUAAGAAAUAUGUUGUCAUGUGAAGAGUGCUCACUACAUACAGUUUGAUUAGCAAGAAGCUGCCAUGACAGCAGGUUAGGCAAACUAUUUGGUGCAGUGGUUAGUGUGCUUUUGUGGGAGGACAGCUUUGGAUGUAAUUUUUAGGAAGUGAAGUGUUUUUAUAUACUUUUCUACCCUUUUCAUAUUGGUGUGGAGGGAGGUGCUUAAUUUGGGCUUCAGGUAAAGUACAGACAGCCCAAUAUAGUCUUUCUUUUCCUUCUAUAGAGGAUACUUUCUACUGAAAUAUAGUUCACCCCAACUCAAACACUUGCUGUGUACAUAAAUAGGGUAUAGUUUUUGUUUACAUUUUUCUAUUUGAUGCAAAAAUCACAUAUAGACAGACAACAGUGAUUCAUACAUGCAUUAAGUGCAAUGCUAGAUUACUAUUUCUUACUUCACUCAUUAAUACAUCACUCAAAGACCAUUUAGGGAGUUUGCUGGAAGUGUACUUGUUUCACCAUCAUUGAACCAUUUAUCAUGACCCCCUCUCAGUAUGUUCUUCACUUCUGACCAGUACUGGCUGUGUUUUCAUUCUCAUCAUAGUACCAUCCUCACCAUCAUCUUCAUUACCACAUCAGGUUUGCCUGAUUUAGGCUAAUCCAUGUAAUGUACUCUGAAAAAAAAUUUUCAUUCAUGAUUUAACAGAAAACUAUCAGAACAAAAACUGAAUUUGAUCAAUGUUUUCGGAUAAGUUUUAAUUUUUAUAGUCAUGUAAAGUACCAUAUUUAAUGUUCAGAUAUGUUUCAACACAUGCUUCUCAUAUCUUGUGAUAGUUUUGUCAUGCUUCAUGUUAGUACUUUCUGGUGGACUUUACUCCCAAAGUUACAAUUAGGUCUUUAAGGAAAACUAUUUGGUGUGGUUGUUAGCAGUGGAUGUUGUAUGGUUGUGUAAUACAUAAUGUGUUAUCAUUGUGAACAUGAUUGAUUUUCAUUGCAUGUGGUCAUUCAUGUGUAUUCAUUUUACAUUUAUAUAUGCUAUGAUUUGCUUGGUCAUUUCCAACAUUCCACUCUUCAAAGUUACUUAAAGGAGAGGAUCAUUGUAUUGAUUUAGAUUUUUAUUUUUCAGAUUAUUAUUUCCUUUUUAGGUAACUUGAAAAUAUAUUCUUUAUUUAUGCCAAAGGUAUUUAACUGUAUACUUGAUUGUUAGUAUGGAUGGAUAACAUAUUACAGGUUGGUAAUGUAUAUGAUAGUAUUGUCAUGUUGGCAUUUUAGACCUUGUUUAGAAAGUAAGGGAAUGCAUUAUAUUCUGAAGGAAGGUUCAUUAAACAAAUCAAACUAAUAAUUUAAAAAAAGACUAAAAGUUCCAUGGUAGCUCUGUGUUGAAAUAUUAAUGUUGCAUCAUAUGAAGGCAUGUAAUUGCAUUCCACUUAUAAUAUUUUUAAAACUUUCUAUAAUCAAAAUGGUAUUUUGUAAAUCAUAUUAUUCACUUAUAUAUGCAAUGGUUGUAGUGUUUUAGCUCUACGUAUUGAACUGGGGCGUUUGCUAUGGGCUGAGGUGCCGGUCAUUGCCGGCUGUAUUGAUGUAGGGUGGGGUCAACACUCCAUAGACAGUUCUCUGGAGAACAUCAUUCUAAAACCACUUCUCAUGAUACAUCUUGAUGCACUGUACUUAAAUAUUAUGAAACAUUGAAUUUAAUGUUUAUGCUAACAGUAUCCACAGCAUCUGGUGAGGUGAAUGCUAUUAACUUGACUUUCAGUGUUUUCACAUUAUUUAUAAUCUGCUACAUAUUCAGUUUCAAAUGUUUUCCUCUGGUUUCAGUAGGGACCAGUGUUUUACGUGGCUAAUUUCUCAAAAGAGGCCAAAACUGUAUGGGGAUGAAAAGACCAGCUGAUAUCAGUCUUCUUCAAAACAUAGAAAAAACCUGAGGCAGGAGACGCGAGUUUUCAGUGCUGCUGUAAAACCCUAGUCUGUACAUGUGUUGUGGUUGAUUGCAUGAGUAUAUCAGGAAAGGAGAACCAGGCUUUGAAAGCAUGGGUUGUAUUUCUAAAAACUAAAGCAGCAACUCAGGAAAGACAGUGGAAGACACAAAAUAGAAGAACAAGCAGCAACUCAGGGAAGUUGUUGGGAGACACAAUGUCAGUAGACGCUUUACCAGUGUUCUACAAAAAUCUGGCAUCAAGGCAUGGUUGUCUCUUUAAUAUUUACCAGGAUCUAUAUACGGGUAUGUUAACUAAAUGGAUAAAGCAAGGUCAUAUAGUGAUGGAGUAGGAUUCAUCCCAAGAUGAUGAUAUAUCCAAGACCCGAGACAAUGUGCAUAGCAGUUGGCUCCUUUUGUCAUAUUUCUUGCUUUCUGCUUGAUGGAAGUGGCUUAAAAUGUUUCUAAUAUUUUGUUAUUUGGUUUGAUAACUCACAAAUGAUGUAAUGAUUUCUUUCUCUCCGACCUCCUUUUAUAUAUGAAAUUAAGUCUGUUCAUGAAUCUACAUUUUUGCAAACUAUAGCAAACACUCCAAUAUAUUUUAGAUUGAAACAAGAUAUUGGAAGAAGGCCAUACACUUGCCCCACAGUUUAGAACAACAGACUUUUUAUUGUUAUCCCAGUGUAGGCAAGCCACUUUUUUUGCCCUUCCUGAUCUAUCCUUCUCUGCUUCUCCCUUCUGUCCUUUUCUGCUCCCCUUCUACCAUCCCAGGAGUUACUGUGAGCUUGGGUGCCUAUGCACGAGUUCACAACAGUGUCCAUUCACAUCACGGCAAACACAUUUACAUACUCUCUCUCUCUCUCUCUCUCUCUCUCUCUCUCUCUCUCUCUCUCUCUCUCUCUCUCUCUCUCUCUCUCUCUCUCUCUCUCUCUCUCUCUCUCUCUCUCUCUCUUUGAUAAGUCAAACAGGCCAUAGUACCAGUUUUUGGAAAGUUUGAAAUGUCUGAAUGGUCAUUCUAGAGCAGUGGUUUUUAAUCUUGAGGCUGUACUACCCUGGGGGUGGGCAUCAAUAAUUUCCACUAGGAUCAUGAGCACAUGGGAAAAAAACAAGAAUUUCUCUAAUUAUAUUUGUCGUUAUCUUAAUGAGAGCAUGGUCAUGUAUGAGUUUAUGAAAAAUGUAAAAGUAUUGCCCUAUUCUUUAAAAUCUGGGAGAGAAGUUUAUUCAUAGAUGCAAAGGGAGACAUGAAGGGAAGGACAGUUUCCUAGAGUGGGAUCGUGAUAGUAAAAAGAUUAUUAACCACUAUUCUAGAGAGAGAGAGAGAGAGAGAGAACCAUUUUUUAUAGAUAUAUACAAUAGGAAUGUUUUAUAAAAUAAAUAUAUGUGUAGCCAGUGUGUGUGUGUAUUCAGAUACCUAGUUGUGAUGAACAGGGCCUUAACUGUACUUGUGUUGCUCUGACUCUAUAUCAAUAUUUGUCCAGUUAUGUGUGUGUUAUAUGAUAUGAUAAAUGGUUGCUCUGAUACAUGGAAACUUGCAAGAGUACUGAACCACAAGGUACCUGCAUCUGAUAACAUGGAAGAAACAAGAAUGCCAUCCUUUUAAGUAUGUUCUUGGCCUUGUUUUUAACCUUUUUUAUUUAUUUAUUCAUUUAUUUGUUUUAUUUAAAUAUAUGAAAAAGGCAGUGUGCCAUUAGCUUACAAAGUACAUCUAACAUUGUAAGAUCCAUGAUCAGCAACUAUUGUUAACUUUACAUAUAAAUUGGAAUUUGUAAGAGUGGUAAUGACUUUUCUAAGUAAGCUGAUGGGUGUACGCGAGAAUAACCGUCAGUGUUUUACUUUUCUGUUUGGCUCUCUAUUCUAGUUUCUCAAUAGCCAGUCAUCGUGAAAUUAUCUUGCUUUAUUAUUUGAAAAUAUUGUAAUUUCUCUAUAGCCAGUCAUCUCCCAGCUAAGGCUAAUUAAUCUUUUCUUAGCAGUAUAAAAAAAUUUUCAACAUAUUAUCUCGUACUGAAGAUUCAUAAAACUCUUGGUUAGUCAUUUUUUUUUGCAGUUAGAACACAAAUUCCAUAGCUUCAGUGGAGAACAUCCUUGCUUCCCACUUGACCAGUGAAGGUUUGAACUCUGCUCAAGUUGUGGAUCUUGCACUAAGAGUGAGAGGUUACUGUUUCCUCUGAGCAAGAUGACAUGUGUAGUGUGUGUGAGGUAUUCACCUUACUGAGCAGUUUAUGUGAAUUUUAUACUUUUUCAGGAGGAUAAUGGCUGGCAGUAAUGAGUGAUAAGACCAUAGGGAAUUACACAAAUGCAACCCAGAAUAUCUUAUCGAUUUCAUCAAUUCAUAUCAGUCUUACAUGAUCAUUCCCAUGCUACAUUUAAUGUUCAGUUAUCUACUCUAGUUUACUACUUAUUGUGUACAGUGCAGCUAUACCAGAGUAGUUUCCAAUAGUGUAUCUUACAAGAACUAAGUAGGAUAUUAAUGGAAAAAAGUGUAAGAUUUAUCAUUAAAUGGUAGAAUCCCAUUGAUGUGAAAAAAAAAAAAUGGUCAGAUUUGGCUCUUUGCAGCCAUAGGAAGGCAAAUCAAUACUUCAGUGUCUCAGAUUCACAUUGGUGUCAUUUCAUUGAAAUGUGACUUUUUUUUUUCUGUCUCUCUCUGUAUUUACCAACUUUUCUUUGUAGUAAAUUUGUUUGAUAAA